AUGGGAUGGGGUCUGUACGUCCCUCAUUGCAGCUUGCCACUGUGGUCCAGAGUUCUUUCUCUACAGCUGCGUUUCGCAGUUGCCACACAAUUCAAACCUCUCUCUCUCUCUCUCUCUCUCUCUCUCUCAAACCAAUUCAAUUUUCUCUCUCUCUUUCUCUCUCUCUCAAAGCUCAAAAUUUCGCAACCCACAAUUUUGUCAUCACUAGCAACAACAGGAAAACAUCAACAAAGUGGAACCGAUCGAUCAGACGCGAUGACCGUGUCACAAACGGCAGUGUCGAUGGCGACGGGCCUUGUCUUCUUGGCGGUCGUAAACGGCGUGUGGAGCAUGGAGCAGCCCAAUAUCCUCUAUCUGGUCGCCGAUGACAUGCGCAGUGAGUUGAACACCUAUGGCCACCACUUUAUGAUCACACCCAACCUUGACGCCCUGGCCGCCAGUGGGCUACAAUUCGACUUUGCAUCAACGCAAUUUGCCUAUUGUGCGCCCAGUCGCAACUCUCAUUUCUCCCUUCAGUCUUUUAUGACCGGUCGUCGGCCCGAUCGCACGGGAUGUCUCAAUUUUAUGCACAAGUUUAGAGAUUUUCAUCCCAACUGGACCACCAUGCCCGAGUUCUUCAAGGACCGUGGCUACUUUACCACCUCAGCCGGCAAGAUUUAUCAUGACGGCAUGGACGACCCAAAGUCCUGGUCAUACCCAUCGAACCAAACGGCCUGGAUUCAAUGUGGAGCAGGUGAUGAGACGGGCCAAUUCAACAACUAUUGCGGCAUCACCAACUCCUCUGCCAACCCAUACACCGACGAGGAUUUAGCGCUUACCGAGGGCUUGAAGCGCCUGGAGCUGGCCGUCAACUCGGGCCAGCCUUGGUGGGUCUCCAUCGGCGUCCAUCGCCCCCAUGCCCCCUACCGAGUGCCGGCUGGCUUCUAUGGUCCGGAAGUAUAUCCUCCCGGGUCAAACGACGCUGUGCAAUCACCCAAGCACCCAGGGCCUGCCACCGAUGGGCCUUUUAUGGCGGGCAAUUGGAAUGACGGUGACAUCACAGACCCUGCCCACGGCUGCCCCACUUGCAUCAUCCCCAGCAAUCGCACUGAUGAAUACCGCCGCUGGUACAUGGCCGCCAUCACGUACUCGGAUCACAUGCUCGGACAGGCGCUUCAAAAGCUGGAAGAGCUGGGUCAAGCCAACAACACAAUCGUUGUAUUCCACUCAGGUGGGCCUCUAUCAAACGAAGCAACCUUGAAUGAAUGGAGCAAGAAGACAGACUCGGAGCUUGCUGUACACGUGCCGCUCAUCAUUCGAGUGCCAUGGAAACCGUCCUCGCAAGGCCAACGCACCAUUGUGAAAGCAGAGUUGGUGGACCUCUAUCGCACGCUUGCAGAGUUGGCUGGUUUUAACCAGGAUCAGGUAAGCCAAUGCAACAGCAACGCUUGUGCAUAUGUCGACGUCUCGCAGUUUGACUACAUUGGUUAUACCAUCCGUGAUCACAACUACCGCUACACCGCCUGGGUCCCCUUUGACAACAGCACCAUGCGGGUGGACUGGUCCCGGCUACAGGCCGAAGAGUUGUACGAUUUGUCUGACUUUGAUGGACGAGACUUUGACUAUGAUGGCAUCUACGGCAACGUUGCUGGAAAUUCUACUCAUCAGGCCACGGUCAAACGACUGCGACAGGCCCUUGAGGCCGCGGUGGCCACGUGGCACUAG